AUGCUUGGGAGAGGCGGAAUCAAGAAUCCAAGCUGUAUUGCAUCUAGGGCUUCACGCUCUCGUAAGGUCAUAGGAGGGCAGCUUGAGGCAAUCCUUGACUCCAUCUUUGAAGUUAAAACAAGAGAGCACUCCAAUUCUAAGAUCGGACACAAUUCCUGUAGUCUACAUAGCUCGUCGACUGGCACCAAAGGUAUCUCCACUUAUCCGUUGGCCCCAGGCAAUCAAGCGCGAUCACCCGACCACUUCAUCACGCAUGCGCUGGUUGAGUCUUUCAACUUGACCAGCGCAUACGUCGUUCCUCAAAAUACCAAACCUUCAACGUGUAUCACCUGUUGUCGCGAUCUCGCGAGUACAAACUUCAAGAUGCUGGCCGAAGACCAAUCUCGUCUGCAAAAGAUUGAUGAGCUAUACGAUUUGCGGUUGGAUCAAUAUAUAUCUCUUCCACAGCUUGUCGUCGUUGGCGAUCAAUCGAGCGGUAAAAGUUCAGUACUCGAAGGACUAACCGGGCUUCCAUUCCCAAGAGAUUCCGGUCUUUGUACCCGGUUCCCAACUCAGAUCGUUUUCAAGCGGUCCAAAAUCCUGACGACCGAAGCUAGCAUCAUGGCUGCUCACGGGCAGGAUGGCUCGAAGGUAAACGCGAUAGCGAAGUUCGGUAAAAUGCAAUUGAAGGCUCUGGACCAGAAAACCUUCUCAGACAUCCUAGCAAAGGUAAACCCACUCAAAGGCUGA